AUGGACGCUUUCCAGGCCCGAUUGCAGUUUCUUCAAGUCGUGAAAAACCUUCACAAGAAUCUACACGCGGUCAAAGACACUUCGCAAGGGUCCAAUGCGAGCCAGCAACAGAAUGAUCCGGUUCAGUUCUACGUGAGAAACUACGAACAUCACUAUGAAGAUUUUCAGCAGUGUCUGUUGGAUUCUGCACUCAAAAUGGAUUCGCUUGACCGGCUGAAUGUUUUGAUAUACUGGCAGAAACUUGUCGAGGCACUUUGGCCUCGUUGCAGGUCCGAAAUCGACGGAGAACGAAAUACACCGGCGAAAGUGCUGUAUACGCAGUUCCUUGGCCGCCUGGACGAAAUCGUACAACUCGUGCUGCCGGCGCACGACUGGAAAUCUCUCACAAACCUAGACGCGUGUGUCGCUAUUUCCAAGCGUUUGAACUCGCUGUGCAGCGUUGUGCCGGAGAACGAUCCACAGCUCCAGAAACUGGAUCUGACUCGUGACGAGAUUUUGCAACAAAUCGACCCCAAGGGUCCGGAACUGCCUUGGUUUUCGCCGCCGCUUGCAACGGACUACGAAACUGCGUUUUCCACAACCUGUAUGCUGCUCGUUGAUCGACGCAAGCACGCUAUCCAACUGCAAGAAUACUACCGUCGUCAUCUCGUGUGUGGUAUUUCUACCGCGCCCGCAACGAGUACUGGGGGUGCCUCGACGACCGCUAGUGCAGCCACCGCGAAUUCCAGCGGUGUUAUCCUGCAUCGCAUGGAAAACGACCGGGAAAGGCAUAAGAAAUCCAAAGAGCAUCUAUGGGUUACAGAACGUCAAUACAUUCUAGAUUCUCGCGAAUUUGACACUCUAUGGAAUUCUACGAAAGGAAUGGCCAAAUCCGACUACGUCGAUCUUCGCAUCAUGAACAACAUCGCCCAUAGCAGCUACAUGUACAAUUAA